AGCUAGUAAAUAUAUGAGGCCAGAUUUGAAAUCAGGGCUUCCUGACUCCAGGCUCACCUAGAUGCCUAGAGAAGAAGUGGAAUAGUGUUGGAUGUGGAGGGAAAAGAUGAAACAGGGAGUUUUCCAUACCAAUGAAAUCACAGGUCAAUCUAUAAACAUUUAUUAAGUGCCUACUAUGUGCUAAGUCUGAAGCCCACCCCUUCCAUACUUGUAGUACCUACCUUAUGAGUUGUUCUGAGGCUUCACCAUCCAGUGGAGAUAAAUCUUUUACACUGCCUGUCUCAAAUGAUUGUUGCAAGGACAGCCUUUUGCAGACUUGAAAGUGCUCUAUAAACAAGGAUUGCAGUUAUUUAAAAACAGAGCUGCAAACUGGGAAAUGGUGAGACUGAAAUGGUCUUCCUUGGUGACUCGUUGUGACCUCAGACCUAUUUUGUGAGCUGGCCUGACACCCUGAGAUCUGCUUAUCUGCCUUGGAUUAGCUUUUAUGACUGUUCAGUCUGUCAGAGUUCUUCCCGAGAAAUGUCUUUCCUGGACCUGAGUUUCUUCUCCAUGGGGAUGUGGUCUCUGGGGGCUGGAGCCCUGGGCGCAGCUGUUUUAAGCUUGAUCCUGGCCAACACUGAUCUGCUUCUGACCAAAUCAGUAACAGCUACCCUAGAGUUUCUGGAAGACAUAGAGCUGAAAACCAUGGAUAAUGAAUCCCCAAAGACUUUCAAAGCCCGAGAACUCUGGAAAGACCGUGGGGCAGUGAUCAUGGCAGUAAGAAGGCCAGGUUGUUUUUUGUGUCGAGAGGAGGCAGCUGAACUAUCUACUCUCAAACCACAGCUAGACCAGUUGGGCAUCCCACUCUAUGCUGUGGUGAAAGAGAAGAUUGGGUCAGAAGUGGAGGAUUUCCAGCCAUAUUUCAAAGGAAAGAUCUUUCUGGAUGAAAGGAAAAAGUUUUAUGGUCCUCAGAAGCGGAAGAUGAUGUUUAUGGGAUUCAUUCGUCUGGGGGUUUGGCAGAACUUUUUCCGGGCCAGGAGUAAGGGCUUCUCUGGUAACCUGGAAGGAGAAGGGUUCAUCCUUGGAGGUGUUUAUGUGAUUGGGCCAGGCAAACAGGGCAUUCUCCUAGAGCACCGAGAGAAAGAGUUUGGAGAUAAAGUCGACCCUGCCUCUGUUCUGGAAGCUGCCAAAAAGAUAAAGCCACAUACUUCAGCCUCCGAGGGAAAAUGAUCAAAUGUAACAACUGACCUUGGGGGAAAACUAGGAAGAUGAGACUGUGAUUACAUGACAUCAGCUUCACAAGUCCCACGGAGGACUUUCUCAUUUAUCUCCAUCUGCAUUACGUAUCUCUCCUAGGGAUGAAACCCCAUCUGGCCUAAUUCUUGGAUUCUGGGAUUUUUAUUUUAGCUGAACAAUUAGGAUUCAAAACAAGAUCAGUUUUUUUUCCUUUUCUUUUCUCUUCUUUUCUGUUCUCUCUCUCUCUCUCUCUUUCUUUUUUCCUUCCCUAAGCAGGUUAGUCAGUGCUUUUUCACUGAGGACUGAGAGAAAUGUGAGGUUUGCCUUUCUGGGCUAUUCAUCACAGCUCACCUCACUCACAUUUGAAGCACCUUGGAGAUUUGUGGAGAUUGUGGAGAUUUGUGCAAAGUGUUUCUCUCUCAAUGCCCCAAUGAAGCAAGCAGUGUAAGGAUUUGAUAUGAGAGGAGACAGAGGUGGAGGUUAAAUGACUUGCCUUGGAUCUAAUAGCCCCAAAAAGAGUCAGGAUAGAAUGAAAAGAGCAUUGAAUUCAGCCUCAAGAGUCCUUGGUUUGAAUCCUGGCCCUGACAUCUAUCAGCUCUUUGGCAAG